CGCCCUCUCGCUGCCCGCGCGUCCUCCGGCGCCCCGGGAUCGCGGUGAGCGCAGCCGAGGUGGUGGCCGAGCCCCUGGCGUGGGGGUUUGACAGCUGACAGGCGGCGUGCUGGCCUUUCCCUGGGGUAGCUGAUGCGCCGGCGAGAAGCUGUGACCCCGAGUUGGAUGGCUUGUGUGUGCUUCCCCGCGGUCAAGCAGUUAUCUCCUUAGAAGGCAACAGUACUAUGCAUGUUAUGAAUUGUGUCUCCUUGGCCAGUGAUAAAGAAAAUGGGAAUACUGCCACGGCAGCUGGAUUCAUGAUUGAGCAGACGCCCCCGCCAGCUCCUCCUCCACCCCCUCCUCCUCCACCAUGUCCAUUUUCGGGGCAAGGGUUUCUUCCCUCCCCGCCGCCUCCCCCACCGCCUCCACUGCCUGGGGGGCCUCCUGCCCCGCCUCCCCCUCCGGGACUACCCCCAGCUCCUCACAUCAACGGCUACAGCCAAGUGGGUAAGAAAAAGCGGAUGAGAAGCUUUUUUUGGAAAACCAUUCCGGAGGAGCAAGUUCGUGGCAAAACCAACAUCUGGACACUGGCGGCCAGCCAGCAGCAUCACUACCAGAUCGAUACCAAGACCAUCGAGGAGCUCUUCGGGCAGCAAGAAGACACGGCCAAGCCGACCCUCCCCAGACGAGGGGGCACUGUGACGUCAUCCUUCAGGGAGGCCCGCGAGGAGAUUACCCUCUUGGAUGCAAAGCGGAGCAUGAACAUUGGAAUAUUCCUUAAGCAAUUUAAGAAGUCUCCCCGGUCCAUCGUGCGAGACAUCCAUCAAGGAAAGAGCGAGCACUACGGCUCAGAGACGCUGCGAGAGUUCCUUAAGCUUCUGCCCGAGUCGGAGGAGGUGAAGAAGUUGAAAGCAUUUAGUGGGGAUGUGUCCAAGCUGUCCCUGGCAGACUCCUUCCUGUACCACUUAAUACAGGUGCCAAACUAUUCGCUUCGGAUUGAAGCCAUGGUGCUAAAGAAGGAGUUUCUGCCUUCUUGUUCUUCUCUGUAUACGGAUGCGACGAUUUUAAAAGCCGCUAUGAAAGAGCUGAUGUCCUGUGAGGAGCUGCACUCGAUACUGCACCUGGUGCUCCAGGCCGGAAAUAUCAUGAACGCAGGAGGGUAUGCUGGCAAUGCGGUGGGAUUUAAACUGUCGUCUUUGCUCAAACUGGCAGACACAAAAUCAAACAAGCCUGGCAUGAGUCUCCUGCACUUCGUCGCUCAGGAAGCCCAAAAGAAAGAUGCGGUUCUUCUCCAGUUUUCAGCAAAACUGCAGCACGUUCAGGAGGCUGCUAGAUUAUCCCUGGACAGCACCGAGGCAGAGCUGCGCUCCCUGUUCGUCAGGACGCGGUCGCUCCAGGAAAACAUGCGGCGGGACGCGGAGCUGGGCCAGCAGAUGGAAGACUUCCUUCAGUUUGCCGUGGAAAAGCUGACAGAACUGGAGCACUGGAAACAAGAGCUGCAGGACGAGGCCCACACCCUCAUAGACUUCUUCUGCGAAGACAAAGAAACCAUGAAACUGGACGAAUGCUUGCAGAUAUUCAGAGACUUCUGUGUCAAGUUCAACAAAGCAGUUCAGGACAAUCACGACCGGGAGGUCCAGGAGCUGCGGAAGCAGCAGCGGCUGAAAGAUCUGGAACAGAAGCGACGGUCGUGGACGGCAGGAGACCUUGGGGGCUUUUGCCGGAGCAGCAGUGAGAAUGACGUGGAGCUACUGACUCAGAAGGGCUCGGAGGACUUGCCCCCCUUCCUGCACCCCAGACCCAGCAGCCCCUCCUACCGGCCCCCCAGCAGCCGCCGUUCCCGCCACUCCCUGGGCCUGUCUGCCGAUCGGGAGCUGCUGACCUUCCUGGAGAGCUCCUCGGGCAGCUCGGAGGAAUCCAACAAGUUCAACAGCUUGCCCCGGAGCAGCCCCCGGCAGGCCUGGCCCACGCCAGCCUGGAUGGAGCCAGGAGCGCCCAGGCGCCACGACUCCAACGUUGCACCCAGAGCCGAGGCCUCAGAGAGCCAGGAGAGAGCUCCCAACCCCUGCUCCGAAGGCCCUAGCCAGCCUCCAGCUCCCCCGGGGCACCAGGAGCCUGCCUCGGCCUUCCCGCGGGCUCGGCGCAGCGGGGCCAGCGUCCUCAGGAAGAGGAACAGUGAACCUGUGUGCCUGGGCCCGGCCUGGUCCCCUCCACUCUCGCCCCUGGCCCUGGGCAUCGAGGAACACGAGCUGGUGACCGGGCUGGCCCAGUUCAGCCUCCAGGGCCGCAAGGGCCUGGAGGAGCCAUCCAGGCUGACCCCGAGUGACUCCAGCCCUGAGGGACAGGAGUCCGCGGGGGACAGGAGCCCUCCGCAGCCCCUCAGCUCUGAGGGCAGAGGGUCCCCCAGGGCGCCCAGCCCGGCCGUGGAAGAUGGGGGCGCUGCGCCUGAGGAGCCCAGCUGUGCAGCCCUGGUGUCUGCGGGGAGCAGCGACCCUGAGAAUAAAGACCACACGCCUAUGUUCUACGUCUCGGACGCCACCGACUGCUCCCUGACCCUCGACUGCUCCGAGGGAACUGACUCCCGGCCGAGCGUGGCGCAGCCGGAGGAGGCAGGGGACGAGGGCGCCUCCGAGUCCUCGGGGGCUGGGACGACGCCUGGCAGCCAGGUCUCCUCCUCGAACCCCGCAUCCAGCCCCGCGGGGGAGGCCCCGGCCGUGGCCGUGAAGAGUGAGCCCGACGCCCAGGGGGGCCUUCCCAGGGUCACAUCGGCCAAAGGGAAGGACACGGCCACGCCGAAGAGAAACCCGCCGAGAGAGGCGGCUCCCGGCACCUGCAGGCCGGCCAGCGUGCGGCGGGGCCAGGGCGCCGCGCCCAAGCCCGUGCGCACCUUGAACGCUUCGGAGAGCGAGAGCAUGCGCAAGGUCGUGCCCAUCUCCAAGGCCAGCCGCGGCCCUGCGGGCUGGAAGCGGCCCGAGCCGCCGCCGUCGCGGGCGUCCCCGCGGGACUCGCCCGGCAGCGUGGACGCGCGGCUGUCUCGCCGCGGCUCGGCGCUCGGCCCCGCGGACACGUCGCCGCGCAGGCCCUCCACGGGCGCUGGGGCGGCGGUGGCCGUGGAGGAGCCGAGGCCGCCGCGGGGCAGCGCCCGGCCGUGGAGGGAGGCCCCGCUGCCCUCCAGGGGCUCCCUGAAGAAGCCCACCGCCAAACCCCUCAGGAACCUCCCCAGGCAGAAGCCCGAGGAAAACAAGGUGUGCCGCUCGGGCUCCGCCUCGGAGGGCGCCGACGACGAGCCCAGGAGCCCGCCGGCCCCCAGCGCCCCCCGCGCCCCCGCCGCCGUGCCCAGCUUCGCCCGCAGCACCGUGGCCUCCUCGUCUCGGUGCACGAGAACCGAUCCCCCGGCCGCGUCCAAAGCCCCCGGGCUCACCCGGGCGGUCUCGCAGCGGCAGCUCAGGGGGAAGGGGGCCCCCGAGGAGGAGACCUCCAAGGACAGCGGCACCCUGAGGCGGGCCGGCAGCGCCCGGAGCCCCCGGAAGGGUGCAGACUCUGCCGAGGCCCCCGGCGCCAGCAGGGAGACCCCUCCCAAGGGCAGAGCGCUGGGGGAAAGGGCCUCCUUCCGGCUGAAAGACGCCAGUCGGACCACACUGGGGAAAAUCCUGGACCCUCUGUGGAAGUGAUGAGUGCGGAGGGGUGAGGACCGAAAGAGGCCGACACAAUGUGCGUUUAUUCUGCACAAGCUGCACCUGCGGGCUGUCGCCAUGGUGGCGCCCAGGUGACCGCGGGGAGGCCUGUGCGUAGCCCUGGCCCCCCAGACAAAGGUCCCGUGGAAGACGGACGGCUGCCUAAGAUGACAUUCUUACAGAACACGUAAUUAUUCUACUGGCCAGUUUUUAUACAUCAAAGACUUAUUUUUUAAUAUUAUGCAAAUAAAGUGUUUUAGUUGACUUUAGCAAAGUGAAAUGCCUCCCAGGGAACUCAACGUCUGAAUAAUGGAGACACUUGUACCUGCCUGUGUCCUCUGGCCUCAGGGGUCCCACCGCCCCGCACACCGUCCAUCGCUGGACCCCCAGGCCCUCCUGGAGCCUCUGGGUGUUCUGGGAAAAUCCGGCUCGCGCCGUCCUCUAUGAGUAACUCUGAGGGAGGGUUUGCGUGUGAACAGGUGGGAGUAGCAGACUCAGGGGGUGCUGAUCAGAUGCUCCUGUGUCUUCAAUGCAGGCAUGGAGGUGGGGGGUGUCCAGUUCCCCUGCAGGUGCCCGCGGCCUCGGGUAGGAUGCUGGGUUUUCCAACAUUUGGAAGUGCCAUGUUUUUGUGGAAAGGGGUCCAGGGCUGUUCGGCUGAGCACCACGUUCCUGUUCUGUGUCUCCCCGUGUGUGUAUCUGUCAGAAAACGGAGUGAUGGCAGCUAUGACGGGUGUUCUCUCUGAUCACAGGGGGGAACCAACCCUGCUCCCUCCCAGCCUUUCUGCUCCCUUUGCCUGCACGCAGUCCAUCCCAGUCCGUCCUUUUCUGGUGAGGCAGGAAGUCCUGACUGGCGCUCACUCUGCCUUAUUCUCUUGCACGCCUCUCUCUCUCGCUUGCUCGCUCGCUCCCUUUCUCUGUGUCUGUCUGUGUCUGUGUCUCUGUCUCUCUCUAGGGUACUUUGAAAUGUUAACUUCUUUUCCUUGGUGCAGCAGUUUUUAAGUCUUGGCAAAAACCAGUCAAGUUGUUAAAUGCAGACUCCCAGGAUGAAAUUGCUUUCAGAAGACUUUGUAUCUUAGGGAAAUGUCUGGAAGAAAGCAUUAAGCUAUUUCUACCCAACGCCCUUUCCACUGCUCCUCUCUGAGACUGAGAAGUGGGGGGACUAAUUCAAGCUUUGGGUUUUUAAAAGUUGUCUCACACCUUCCCACUUGGGGUCACUUGUUUUAGAUCUGACCCUGGAAGGCAGAUGGAGGUAGGACCCUGGGAGGCAGGUGUGGGGAGUCCAAGAAUGUUGCCUUUUUAUCUGGAUCGAUUGGAGGCUCUGAGCUUCCGCCAGUCAGCUGGGGUGGAGAGAUAGGUGUAAGGCGGGCACUUGACCUCAGACCUCUUGCAAAAGUGGGCCCCGAGGGAGUAUUUCCAGGGCUCACGAAGAUGCUUGUGGGAAUCCAGAGCUGCUUUCGCCAUCUGCAGAAGCCUGAGGAGCCACAUACUUAGCCAGGUGGACAAGCGCUUGCCAAUCAGGGUCCUUGGGUAGAUGGGAAGUGGCUGGAAACUGUUGUGAGUUUGUGGGCUUGUGGAUAGUGAUGGGGUCGGGAUGCCUUGGAAGGCCCCUGGGAACUGAGGUCCCAAUGCCUACUCUCUCCCGGCCGCUGGGAGUUCUGGUCACCUUCCCAAGCCUCUGCUUUCCAGCCCAAGGAUAUAGGGGAAGGGCCUCAAUGACCAUCUCGAAGGAUGUGAGAACUGCUCUGCCCCGGGCUCAGCUUCGUGAAACCCAUCCCUAGCACCCCUAAAGCCCCCCACCCCAAGACGAGUUGCUGCUGUCAGAUCCGGGAAGCAGGGUGUUGCGUGCCCUGCGGGCAGCCUCUGCGCAUCUGUGUGAGCAGGUGAUCAUUCUAUUACCUUUUAUCGGUAGUAAGCUUGGAAAGAUAAUUUAAGUCUACAAUGGAGAAAUGUACAUACGUUUCUAUAUAAAUGUGUUUAAGAUGAACUGAAUGUAUU